GUAGAACAUGGCGGCCGUAGCGACCAAACCUCGUAGGAGAUAUUUGACCUAAAAGACACCUCUUAAUCGUUCCAUUUAGUUAUAACGCGUUGUAUUUCAAAAAAAUUUUUGUGGAAAGCUUAUCAAGAAAUCCCGUUGUCAAAAUGAUGCUCUCAAGGAAGAAGCCGGCCGUAGGCCCUGGGUCAGGAAACACAGUGUCAUCUGCUAAGGACUCGAAAAAGAAACGCAAGUUGCCAAAAUUGGAGGAUUUUUUACAGAUGAGGGACUAUACCGGAGCUAUAACUUUAGCAGAGUUUAACCGUAACUCUGGAAAAGGAAGUGAAGAGACAAAUCUUUGGAUUGCAUACACAGCAUUCCAUUUAGGAGAUUACAAGAAAGCCAUGGAGGAGUACCUGGCUCUAACAAAAAGUGAAGCCUGCCAUCCAGAUGUGUGGGUGAAUCUUGCAUGCUGUUACUUUUUUCUUGGAAUGUACAAGGAGGGUGAUGAGAUGGCUUUGAAAGGUCCAAAGAGUAGACUUCAAAACAGGCUGUUAUUUCACCUUUCACACAAGUUUAAUGACGAAAAGAGACUUAUGACCCAUCAUCAAGCCCUACAAGAUAUUAUUGAGGACCAGUUAAGCCUUGCCUCUAUCCAUUACCUGAGAAGUCAUUACCAAGAAGCCAUUGACAUCUACAAGAGGAUUCUUCUUGAUAACAGGGAUUAUUUGGCUUUAAAUGUGUAUGUUGCUCUCUGCUACUACAAGCUUGACUAUUACGAUGUCUCUCAAGAGGUACUAGCAGUUUACUUGCAACAUUAUCCUGACAGUGCCACUGCAGUAAACUUGAAAGCAUGUAACCACUUCAGACUAUACAACGGGAAAGCAGCCGAGGGUGAGCUUAAGACUCUACAGGAGACAGCAAGUCCUUCUUUUAGCUUUGCCAUUGAUCUCAUUAAGCACAAUCUGGUUGUUUUUAGAGGUGGUGAAGGUGCCUUACAAGUUUUACCACCCUUGGUGGAUGUCAUUCCUGAAGCUCGCUUGAAUUUGGUUAUCUAUUACUUGAGGCAAGAUGAUGUGGUGGAAGCUUAUAAUCUCAUCAAAGAUUUAGAACCUACAACUCCUCAGGAGUACAUCUUAAAGGGUGUGGUCAACGCAGCUUUGGGACAGGAACAAGGAUCUAGGGAACACUUGAAGAUCGCUCAGCAGUACUUCCAGCUUGUUGGUGGAUCGGCCAGCGAGUGUGAUACCAUUCCAGGAAGACAGUGUAUGGCGUCGUGCUUUUUCCUUUUGAAACAAUUUGAAGACGUGCUUAUUUACCUCAACUCAAUCAAGAGUUACUUCUACAAUGACGAUACGUUCAAUUUUAACUACGCCCAAGCCAAGGCGGCAGUUGGAAAUUUUAAAGAAGCUGAGGAGAUCUUUUUGCUCAUCCAGUCUGAAAAAAUAAAAAAUGACUACACGUACCUGAGCUGGUUGGCGCGAUGCUACAUUAUGAACCACAAAGCCCGGCCUGCAUGGGAAUUGUACCUGAAGAUGGAGACAUCCGGGGAAUCGUUCAGUUUACUGCAGCUUAUCGCAAACGAGUGUUACAAAAUGGGUCAGUUCUACUACGCCGCAAAGGCGUUUGACGUGUUGGAGAGACUGGACCCUAACCCAGAGUACUGGGAAGGAAAGAGAGGAGCCUGUGUUGGAAUCUUCCAACAAAUUAUCGCUGGUCACGAGCCCAAGGAAACGCUAAGAGACGUUCUUCAGAUCCUCCGCAACACAGGAAACCCUCAAGUGGAAUACAUCAUUCGUACCAUGAAGAAAUGGGCAAAGGAGAACAGAUUCCCUGUCUCGUAAACGAGCCAAGAGGCUGGCCAAGUCAUAUAAAUUAUGUGUACAGAUAAAGUUCCAGUGGUCUUUCAGUUUCAUAACUGUAAAUUUUAAAGCUCUUACCGUGUUCGAAAAAGUCUGAUUCAAAUUGUAAGCGAAAACAGACAAAGUCCUUUCUUGAAAAACGUUGUUUGAGAUUGCGCGGGAUGACUUAGAAGAACGUUGUCCUAUUGACAGAAAAAGGUUAGGGAUAGCACGAAGUUUUGCGAACGGGUAGUUCACUCAUCGUGUCUUUGUGGAAUGUACGAUUUGUAAAUAUGCAUUGAUUAAACGUUAUUCAAGAAGUCGA